UACACAAGCUGCAUCUUUUGUAGUCUUUGCAUGAUUAACUUAUUGCAUGACGAGAUAUUCAGCAUGUCUAUGCUGGUUUACUGUACAUAGGUUUACAAAUUUUACCUCAAGAAAAACUGCUGCACGAUUUUCUUCUAGGCGCACCUUUGACCUAAGCGGAGAUAAUGGCACAGCCACCAGAUGACACCGGAGGAGUGUCUUCUGCUCAUGGACAAAAGUACGCAGAGAAAAGGCCAAGUGACAACUGUUUGCAAGUUACAGGUUUGCACGCGGAUGAGGUUCGCUGCUGUGGAUUUCGAGGGGAAGGGAUGAGUAUCAGCCCCAGCACUUGACUAGAUGAAAAAAGUUCUACUGUUGUAUUCCUGAGAUGCUGCUGAGAACUGCGGCUGCCCUUCUAUGGAACGCUGCUUGAGGCUGCUCCUGGUCGCCCGGAAGCAGUAUGUCUGCCAGCCAGCUGGCACAGCAGUCAGACGCUUCCGUCAAAGACAACUGGUGCUGUUCCAGAAUCGUCAUGCUUAGGAAAGCAGACGUGGCCAGCCGGAACAGAAUGGAAUGGGACGAGGUCAGACGGGACCGGAUGAAACCAGAUGGUACCAGAUGGGACCGGCACGAGACCUGUAUCAAACAGGAACCCAUGACAACGGAUCAGUCAAGUCAGUGCGCAGACGUGGGGGGUGGUCGCCCGUCUGUGAUGGAAGGCAUAUCCUGCAACUGGAAAGGUACCACUAUAUUCAAGAUUCAGUGAAAUGGGCCACUUUCAAUAUUAGGAGGGUUUGAAGACUGCCUAGCACAAUUUACCAACACAACCAGUUGGGAAGAUGGCAUUCCAUGAACCUGACCAGGGAAACCUGUGUGUGGAGAUAACAUCCUCCACCACCACCACCAGCACCACAUUCUAUCAUGUCCAGGUGACAGUGGAUGCAUGCCAGUGGCUGGUGGAGCACAGGUAUUCUGCAUUUGCUGACCUCAACUCACAGCUUGUCUCUGACAAGUUGAUCCCACUGGACCUCCUUCCCGGCAAGAAGAUAAUCGGCAACCGGGAGCCAGCGUUUGUGGACCGGCGGCGCCAGGAUCUGAACACAUAUAUCAAGCGGGUGGUGGCACUGCUGCAGCUCAACAUGCCAGAUGUGCUGGCCAAGUUCCUCGAGCUGGAGACGUACGACAUCGGCUGGAUGCUACGCCGCCAGGCGUUCUUCUGCUUCGUGCACGAGGGUGCCUACGUCGGCGGCCAGCGGCAGCUGCAGAUGACGCCGAUGGAGGUGCAGGGGCUGACGCGGCUGGUGCGCGAGGGGCGCGCCGACUCGUUCUUCCACGAGAGCAAGCUGAGCACGGCGCCCAGCCAGGUGGUGGACGUGGCCUCGCAGACGCCCAGCCUACGCGUGGCCGGAUCAUGGCAGCCGCUGGCACGCUCCAACGUGCGGCCGCACACGUACGCCUUCUCGCUGGAGUUGUUCCGUUCGCUGCGCAAACUGUCACUGCACGACGUGCCCGUGUCGAGCCUGGCCUCGCUGGCAGCGCUGCGCGACCGGCUGGUGGAGCUGAGCGUCAGCGGCGGCGCCGUGCGCGACGUGCGCGACGUGCUGCUGUGCGGCGAGCUGCACCGCGACGCGCCCGCCGCCGACGCGCGCCCGCUCUGGACGUGCCUGCGCCACCUGGCGCUGCGCGACAACCACAUCCGCAGCGUGGACGAGACGGCGGCGGCGCUGGCGCCGCAGCUCACCUCGCUGGAUGUCAGCACCAACGCCGUGGAGCACAUCGGCUACCUGGCCGAGCUGCCAGCGCUGCGGCAGCUCAACCUCUCCAACAACUGCCUGACCGACGUGCCGGACCUGCACACGCGGCUGGGCAACGUGGCACGUCUGCGACUCUCGCAGAACCGGAUCGGCUCGCUGGCGCCGUUCGCGCGCCUCUUCUCGCUCGUGCAGCUCGAUCUCAGCUUCAACCAGGUGCAGGAGGUGGAAGAGGUGGGCCGGCUGCGCGGCCUGCCCUGCCUCGAGGACCUCAGCCUGGUCGGCAACCCGGUAACGACGGCCAUCGACUACCGGGCGCGCGCGCUGGAGCGACUGGGGCCGCGCGCGCCGCACGUGACCCUCGACAACGAACAGAGCUCGCAGGCCCAGCUGGAUCGCGUGCUGGUGAUGCAGGCGCUGCGCACGGCGCGCGAGGGCGGGCCCGAGUUCCUGCGCCGCGGCUGGCACGGCCGCGUCGUCACCAUCGUCUGAGCGGCCGGGCCAGGGUCGUGGGACGCCGGAGUCGGCGCGAAGGGCCUGUCUGCGGCGGUGGCCGAACACUACCGAUGUCGUGCCGCCAACAAAGCCGCGCUGGGCGUGCGGACGUCGGCUGUCUGCGCUCCGCCAGUCGGUCAGCCAGGUGCAGCUGCCUGUUCCGGCUUCGGCGGCCGGUGACUGUUUCGGACGUGGUGAUUGGUGCGCUUUGUACAUUGGUUUUACACGUGCGCUCGCGAGGUUGCCCGGGCGAUGCCCAUGUAUAGCCGGGUCCCGCAGAGCGCGUUGUUCCGGACCGCUAGCUUGUUAGGGCGAACCUGCCAAGCCUGCGAUCGCGAGCGGUAUGAAGCUGUCUCUUCCGACAACUAUGCCUUUUCGCAUAGGGCUUCCGGCGUGAGGUUUUAUGUUCGCCGAUGAUAAGGCACGCAUCGUGUGAAAACUAAUAUUAUAGGGCGUCGUCUGGUGAGAUUUGAGCGGUGCCAACGCAACGUGAGCAGAAGUGGUGAUCUGCAGGGAUCUGGGCGUCAAAUGGUCUCGACCGUCGGCGCGGCCCAAUGGAGCCCGAAUCAUCGAUCGAUGUGUGUGGAUCGGCUCCCUAGACCCGAAUGUAUCCAACUUUACACAUGUGUAUAUCGCGUGGUGCACGGGGUGUCCCGUACUGCGCGGUCUGUCAG